ACUCUGAACCAGAGCUGAGCCAAGAGCCCCGAGGAGCAUUAUGGGAAACGCUGAGAUAAGCGGAAGCGUACAGUGAAAGUCUCCUGACGUGUGCUUAUAAUCCGCGAUGGAUCUCAAGGAGAAAACGAUCGCGUCGUUGAAGAAACACGCCAGUGGCGACGCGUUUCCCCCGUUACCGGCAGCUCUUCCCAAAGCGUCGGUGCUGAUCCCGCUGUUGCUGAGACACGGAGAGCUGCACGCGCUCAUGACCGUGCGAUCCGUGCAUCUCAAGCAGCACGCAGGAGAAGUGUGUUUCCCGGGAGGAAAGUGUGAGUCCGGCGACACGGAUGAAACACACACGGCUCUGAGAGAAGCUCAGGAGGAGAUCGGCCUCCCUCCACACGCCGUGCAGGUCGUCUGCAAACUCUUCCCCAUCCUAAACAAGGCCGGUCUCCUGAUCACUCCGGUCGUGGCGUUCAUCGAGAGCUCGUUCACACCCCGUCCCAACGCAGAUGAGGUCAGCGAGGUGUUCACUCUUCCUCUGGAGUUCUUCACUAAAGAGGCGGAUCACUCCUGCUAUCCGGUGCCCAGCGCCUUCGGCCCGACACACAGCUUCAUGUUCACGGACCCCCGCACCGGACACGUGCACCAGAUCUGGGGUCUGACCGCGGCUCUGGCCGUGACCGUCGCGGCUCUCGCCCUCGGGAAGAAGCCGGAGUUUGAGCUGGGCUUCGACCUGAGCGACCCGGCUUCUGCCUUUAAACACUUUCUGACUCGCAGAUUGAGCAAGUUAUGAAAGACACACAUCAUUCAGUGUUUCUGAGGAGCAAGUUGGGACAUUCUUCAAUAAUUUUUAUAAGUUACAAUGAGCAGAAGAGACUUCUUUCAGUAUCAUUAAAACAUGUCAAACUAUUCCACACUUUUGACCAGUAGUGUUUAUGCAAUAAUAUAA